AUGGGUGUUAUGGAGGAAUGUAAAUGGAAAAAUAUUUCGAAGGAGGUGAUUGUUAAUGUUGUGUGUUCUUCUUGCAAACGCAAUGAUGAGUUACAUGAUGCUUAUGAGACUGAAAUUGCACGUUUGGUUGCAAAUGAUGAGAUUGAAACUGGGAGGGGAGCUAAUCAAAUUGGCACACUACAAAGACCUGGAGAUACUAGAUGGAGUUCUCAUUUCAAUUCAAUAUGUAGCCUUCUACGCAUGUUUAAUGCAACUACUUCAGUUCUUGAAGAUUUGGUGGUUAAUGGAACUGGCUCUCAACGAGGUGAUGCUACUUAUGCUUUCAGAGUAUUGAUGUCUUUUGAAUUUGUUUUCAUUUUACAUGUUAUGAAAGAAAUUAUGGGAAUCACAGACAAGCUUUGUCAAGCUUUGCAGCAAAAGAAUCAAGACAUUGUGAAUGCUAUGUGUUUGGUUUCUAGCACAAAGUCACUAAUUCAAAAGUUAAGGGAUUUUGGUUGGGAUUCUCUUUUAGAAAAUGUUAACUCUUUUUGCAAUAGCCGAGGUGUACCAAUUCCUGAUAUGAGUGCUACUUACUCUGACAUAAUUCGAACUCGGCUUAAAAAGGAUUCUGUGACAGUUGAGCAUCAUUAUCGUGUAGAUAUAUUUACUGCAGCGAUAGAUUAUCAAUUGAAAGAAUUGAAUAGUAGAUUCAGCGAGCAAUCAACUGAACUUCUUAUGUUGAGUGUAGCUUUGGAUCCUAAAGAUGCAUUCAAAUCAUUUAAUGCUUGUGAUAUUUGUAGUCUAGCUAAGAAAUUUUACUCUUCAGAUUUUUCUGACCAAGAAAUGAUUCAUAUGGAAUAUGAAUUGCAACAUUAUGAGUUUGAUGUGCCAAAGGAUCCCAAAUUUCAUAAUUUGUCAACUCUUGGUGAAUUAUGUCAAAAACUAGUAGAGGUUGGCAAAUCAAAUGUUUAUCCUUUAAUUGAUCGAUUGAUACGACUUGUUCUUACUCUGCCCGUGUCAACAGCAACUACAGAACGUGCUUUUUCAGCUAUGAAGAUUAUAAAAACAAGUUUGCGCAACAAGAUGGAAGAUGGUUUUCUUACUGACUACAUGAUUGUUUAUAUUGAGAAGGAGAUUGCACGAAGAUUUACAACUGAUAUGAUAAUUGAUGAUUUUUACUUCAUGAAACAACGACGGGCACAACUUAAGAAAUAA